AUGAAUUGUCCUAUUUGCUCUCGAGUCUCAAGCUCGCGCCUACGCUUUUACUGCCCCACCUGUGCCUGUAAUCAAAUCUACACACUACGUAUUAAUAAUGCCAGGGCUCUCCUGGAGAAGGAAACCCUAGGACGGCAGGUUGAGAAAGCACUUCUGCAUCAGACAUCUCCUACUCUCUCUUAUCAUCGCUUCGAAGAAUGCUCGACGCAGUCGCCAGAUAAGGUGCCCAGUCCUCAGGAUCGGAGGCUGACAUUAGCCCGACGACGUUCAGAUGCUGAGUCGUCAAAGUUUCAGCUGGAAAGUCGUGAGGUAGCUCUGAUAUGUGGUGUCCAGAAUACCAUCAAAAGGACGGAGCGUCUCUGGCAUUCCUUGCACAGCAAGACAGUUGAGGCUCGGAUCUUUCUUUGCCGGGAGGUUGCGAAUCUUUACAGCCUAAGACAGUGGAUGAAGCAGGAUGGCAGUGAAAUGAAGAAGACAUACGUAAUUGGUGGUGUCCCUAUCGUUGAUCUCCGAGACCUCAACGGGAAGUCCCAAAACUGCCCCCUCCUCCUGGAUAUGCCAGCACCCACGGAGAUUACCCUUCCUCAUAAAGACCAUCCCGUUCCCACGAUUCAUGCACCUAUUGCGUCGUAUAUCUCACGGGAGUUGAUCUUGACAGCCACCUCAACGCAGCCGCAUAACCUUGCUUCAUCUACUACGCACCCAUUGGGCUUUCAGUCUAAUCAUUACCAACCUCGGCCUCUCACUAUCGAUAGAAGUUUACCAAAGCUCGCGAGGGAAGACCCAGAGUCAUACGUCCUUUUCCUAGAAGGAGUUACAUUAUUGGCUUGGAACGUGUCCUGGUUAUGUCGUACGCAAGGACUCAAUAUCGCGUCGGACUCUUGGGAAGAGAUCUGCAAUAUUGGGAAGAACAUGUGGCAGCUACUUGUUGCUCCUCCGUUGGAGGAGGCAACUCUGAUGAGGGCAUUUGCUGUUCGAGAAACGAAACCUAUGAAGCCCUUAAGAGACCUUCCUAAAACUUCUCUUCAAAAGACCAUAUCGUUCCCCAUGAUGGGGCAUUACUCACAUGGCACUGUGCAUUCAUUCCUCGGUGCUUCGGAAGGUACGGAGUUCGUUAGGACGUGGAGACUGCCGAUACCGCUCAAGGUUGUUGACAAAUUGAAAUCAACACUCCUGGGAGAGAUGGCGAGCGCGGAAUGGGAAGUUCUCGAGGAGAAAGAGUGGAAUGAUAGUGAACAGAGUUCGACGAGAGUUACCUUCCAGUCGAAUAUUUGGGAGUUUUACUACCUUUCAGCCUCGCAGAAGAGAAGAAUAUUGGAUGUCGAGUCAAGGAUCCGCACCGAGCGAAGAGACGGAUACUCAACGGGCACGAGCGGCUCCUCGGUGAAUUCACAGCUGGAAAUUUCUAUUGCUUCGAGCUUUGACCCCAGGCUCUGGAGAAGUGUUGCCCAUCCUAAACCACUGGAAAAGCUGACCUCAAAGCGGCGAAGCUGUCGAGCCUGUCCGCAGCAGAUGAUGCUCCCUUUUUGCGCCCCAGAUACUGAGAAGCAAGCUAAAUGUGGCAGCGAAUCGAACCGUAUCUUUGUCCUUGGUCUGUUACCUCCACGUGGACAGUCCGGGCAGAAGCAGGAGAAAUUUAAGGCGAGAGUGACCAGUGAUGGGAGGUCAGGUAGAACGCACAAUCCCGGCUCAUGUUCGAUGCAGGAUAGUUGUAGAUUCCGCAGAUGCUUGAAGGACAUGGGAAGCAUCCACGUGCGCGGUGACAUAAAUUCGACGCUCAAGGUCGUCAUGGACGGGACAGUGGCUAGCUGA